AGAAGAAUAGAGAGGAGGUUUCAGCUUCCAAGCUAAAUAACAGUAACAGGAGGGACAGCGAAUAGCCGACCCGAUUACAUUAAGAGAGCCAGAGAGUAUAUGCCACGUGUAAAUGUCGGCCACCCUAACGACAAUUCAACCCAACGAGUCUGUCGAUAUUCCCCUCUGUUCUCUCUCUCUUUCUCUUUCCAUCCCCUAUUUAAGCCUAAGGUGGCGGCCCUCUCUCUCUCUCUUUCUCUGUUUCUCUAAUUUUAUCAGACGAACGCUGCAAUGGGCAAGAUUACCAACUCUUCAUCUUCAUCAAUUGAUAGCAGCAAUCACCCGUCUAUUUCCUCUGCAACUUCUUCUCUUCCUCAACCCAAGAGAGACCUCAGUACCGAUCUAAGACUUGGACUCAGCAUUUCAACCUCUCAACCUGAUGACUCAUCAUCCAAUUCAAGGGAGCAACCAUCCGAUUGGCCAUCGCUUAAACCUCUCCUGCGGUGUACGAUUGCAGAGAAAGGAAAUAACCGGCAACACCCCACAUUGUUCGUCAAGGUCUACAUGGAAGGAAUUCCGAUUGGAAGGAAAUUGGAUCUGUUUGCUCACAAUAAUUAUGAUAGCCUAGUCAGAACUCUUAGCCAAAUGUUCAGGACGACCAUCCUCUGCCCUGAUAUCGAUGAGGUUCUUUCAGGCAAUGAUCACGUGUUAACCUACGAAGAUAAGGAAGGAGAUUGGAUGAUGGUGGGAGAUGUUCCUUGGGAGAUGUUCUUGACCACUGUGAAGAGACUGAAGAUCACUAGGGCAAACCAAUGUUAAUGUUCAUAAGCGUCAUCCACCAUCUCCUCUCUUUUUUUCUCUCUCUCUAUACAUUUUUGUCUUCAUGGGUGAUACCCGAGAUAAACCAAACUAGGAAUUUGUUGAAUUACAGAAUAGAUGUACAGGCAAUAUACAUACCAAAAUGAUGAUCAAGUAAUAAAUAUAGCUUUUUAAUUUA